AUGGCGGAAACGAAUGAGGACAAGGUUCAGAGAUACACCGAAUGUUUGAUGAACGGAAUUGACGUGCGUUUGCGGGAAAAUAGUAGACUUUUGAAGUAUCCAAUCGGGCCCCAACUUUGCACGAUUAUCAGUCUUGGUAUUCAGUAGCUUACUUGAAAGUUUCAGUCGAAACGGAUUAUCCGAUCUGGCUGAAACUUUUGAAGAAGAUAUUCCAUACCGAAACUGUUUAUUAUGCAAAAUUGAGGCACAAUUGAAUUAUUCCCACUGGAUGAAAAGUCCAAAACCAAAUAGGGCUCCGAAAAACGAAACAUUUUCAGACGAAACGAGCGCUUAAACGGCUGUUCGAUCUAGAAGUGGCUCUGGAUGCCUACAAAACGUCGGACACGUACCGAUUCGUGAAACGGUACGAGUCGGUGCAAGACGUGGCGAAGUACGCGAAACGAGUGCGUGACAAGCUUCGCGAGAUGGGUCUUCCGGAGGCGCGCAAACGAGAGCGGCAAUUGGAGGACGCCGGCCGCGAGCACGACGAAGGCGCCUCUUCGAGCACUGGGCCCAAGAGACCGAAGAAAGAGGUGAACACGGACGAGCUGUUCGCGCAGGCGAUGGGCGCCUCUUCCGGUUCCUCAUCUGCCGCCCACGCACCGAGAGCCGUCGUCGACUACAGCAAGUACAAAGUGACGAAACGGACGGCCCAGCCGGCUGCGGAAGUGAAGAAAGAGAUAAAGUCAGAGCCGAUAGAAUCCUCCAGCUCACAGUCGUGCUCGUCUUCGCAAGAACAUCAUCAGAAGACGAAGGAAUACGCGCCGGCGCUCCCGCCGACCCUUCUCAAACCGGCACAGACCCACCACCAUCACCACAAGGCGCACAUUCCGAUGAGCGCCAGUCUCCAGGUGGACGAGAGUCAGUUCAAACCGCGCAAAGAGCGACAGAAGGUGUUCGCCGGACGGAAGAGAAGAGUCGGAGAAGAGGUGCCCACGUUGCUCUCCAUGUGUCAGAGUGUGCUCUCUUCCAAUGUUCAGUGUACGUUUCAAAGAUUUUUUUUGAAGGAACUGGAAAGUAAUUGUUCAAUUUUACAGUGAUCGAUCACAUCGGAAUCGUGCCGUACGAGCUGAUGAAGCCGGCGUUCGAAGUCGCGUCAAUCAGUGAGCUCCGUCGCCUGGCCGAUGCGAAUCCGCAGUUGACCCACGAAAUGGACACGCUGUUCCACGACCUCGUUCGCCGCGAAUUUGCUAAAUACGCGGAUCGCGAGCCGGACGGCUGGACGUGGCGAGAGAUGUACGACAAGUUGGUGGCGAGAAAGAAAAAGAAGGAGGACUCGAAGCUCGAGAUGCUCACGAAUCGCAUCGGAAAAGCGCACACGGGAUCCAAACAAGGACGGCAGACGGUAAGAACUCAUGGGAUAGCUAGAAGACGUUGCUGAUUAUCCGAUAUUGCAGAUGGUGAUCGAUAUGGCGCACACUCGAGUCCGCAGCAAGUCAUUCUUCAACAACGCAAAAGAUACGCAAGUCAAAAUGCUCAAUACUCCGUCGGCGAUUCAGUUGUCGCAAGCACGAAAGCAUGUCAAAACUGGUGAGGAAUUGAAUUAAUUAAAAGCCCAAGUCAGUAAGUAGUAAAUUCAUUUUUCAGAAGGAAAAGCUCAAUUAAACUCGAUCACGCCACGUGGCGGACUUGGACCGACUCGUAGCUCCAAAAGCGGUUCCGCAGCUGGCGCGGCCCCGAAAACUGCGCCCUUGAUGGCCAAGGUCAAGAAGAUGCUCAAACGCUAA